CUGCAAGACGUCUGGAUCCUCCCUGCCAGGAACCUCACGCACACACACACACAACGCGCACACACCAAUCCAAGCACAGUGCCUGCAGUGCAUGCUGUGCCUGCUGUGGGGCCACCCCCAUUGAUUCUCUUCUCCGGCCACCCCUGCAACGAGAUCAAGCCGCUCCUUCUCGCCUGCCUUUCCCUGUCGCUCUCUCUGCAGUCCAAUCCAAUCUCAUGCCCACCACCAUUUCCCCUUCUUUGCUUGGCUAGACCACGGCAUCCUUCUCUCCCUUUCCCCUUCCCCGACUUCAUCUAUCCGCCCAGGCCCUGCACAAGGCAACCUGCCCUGCCGUGCUUUAACACAUACACAUGCACAUGGGCUAACAACCCCAUCUUUCAAUUCCCUCCUCUCUUUAAUCCCUUGCCCUGACUCACGAUCCAUUUUGAUUCUUGCCUCUGUCCACUCCCUGCCUCCUCCUCGAGCACACAGCACCCUCGCGUAUCCGACUCCUGUCGAUCAAUCGAUCCAUCUUGCGACAUCCUCCCCGACCCUCGCCUUGCGUGCGUGUGCCUGUGUCCCAUCAUCGGUUACGAGCAAUCUGCGCCGUCCGGCACUGCGAGAAACUCGGCCGGCCUCCAAUCAAUCGCCGACACGAGAUAUCAGGAAACAAAUCCCACCGCUCGACAUCACAAUUCAAAAGAGGUGGCACUCGGCAUUCAGGCGGGACAUACUGCGACGCUGCACUUUCUGUCUGAACUACGCCGUCUUCCCGAUCUGCCGCCGUCCUUUCCAACCUGACAAAGGGAAUCAAUCAAUCACCUUGCACGGGCCAUCAGCAGCCUUCUAAUACGCCUUGCCCGACUUCCGUCGCCUUCACUCCGGUGUCCCAUCGCAACAAGACCAAUCCAUCUCGGUCCUUUUUUCUUUCUUUCUUCCUUUUUUGCGCCAGCAGCCCGAGGCUGCCAUCGCCAUAUUUUCAGCACGAGAGUCGUAUUUGGGAGCAGCCAAUACCAAUACCAAGGCCACGCGGACCAUCCAUCACCAUCAAACGAUCGACCCCCAGCACCAAUGUUUUUUUGAGGCAACUUUCAAGCCUUUACAAACAUUUCCAAGCCGAACUAUCUGUUACCAGGUAGUUUGUUGCACUGUCAACCUAUCUAGCCACGCAACCAACGGUUCCACCCAUGCCCAAUUACGGCUCACUUCAUUCACCAUCGCUGCGCAAAAUGGAAUACAACAGGCAAAACAGACGACGAGGAAUCGACGUCGGCAACAUCAUCGGCGAUCCAUUCGCCCUUGCUACCAUAUCCAUUUCAGCGCUCGCAUGGAUUAUUGCUUUCAUCGCAUCCAUAAUCGCCCAAAUCCAGACCAGAGAUAGCUUCCCCACGUACACGUGGUGGACUGUCGUCUACUACUUCUUCACAGUUGGCGGGGUCUUCGUAGUGGUCGCAUCCGACACUACCCAGACCUACCAUGUUGCCGUGGUUGGGUACCUGGCGUGUGGUCUUGUUCUCACCACGUCCUCUGUCAACAGUCUUGUGUACUCUGCCAAUGGCGCCAAAGAGGCUGCCUCCGCGGGAUUCAUCCUGCUGUCCAUGGUAACCAUUGUCUGGAUCUUUUACUUCGGCUCUGCGCCUUCCGCUGUUCCGCGGGCUUACCUUGACUCAUUUGCCUUGACAAAGGAGUCCCACAUGAUGAACCGACAGACGAUGAAUUACGGUGGCGGCCGCCCCGAGACCUCAACUUCUGUGCAGCCCCCGCAGAUGUACACAUCCGCACAGCUUAACGGCUUCGAGAACCCAUCGCCUGUCGCAGGCAUCUCAACCGUACCCGGCGCUCGCACCAGCGCCGCAGCGAACGGCUUUGGCAACUCGCAAAUGAAGGCGCCCGGUGCAACGAACAAUGAGGGGGAGAUAGUCCCUCCGACCGAGUACCCGUACCGCGCGAAAGCCAUCUACAGCUACGAGGCGAACCCGGACGAUGCCAACGAGAUUUCCUUCUCCAAGCACGAGAUCCUGGAAGUUAGCGACGUCAGCGGUCGGUGGUGGCAAGCACGCAAGGAUAAUGGUGACACCGGCAUUGCACCAAGCAAUUACCUAAUCCUGCUUUGAAGACAUGAGAAUGCACGGAAGAGCGAUUCAAACACAGCCUGUGGGGAUGGGAGAUGGACGACUAAGGCCCUCUAAGGAAACGGCUACCUCCGAAAAUAGGAGGCCAGGCCGCCUACUGGCCGCCUCAUUAUGACUUGUAUUAUCAACUUAAGCGUAUACCCAAGAGACCGGCCGAUACGUGUGUCCCAUGUGUGGAGGAAAGGACAGUGAGCGCAUGUUUCUCAGGGACCAUGCGGCAUUUCAGACCUGCUCAAGGGUGCGAUUGAUGGAGAUGGUUCGCAUUGCAAGAGCUGUGCAAAAGGCACGACGAACCUUGGCCACUCCACAUGUUAUGGAUGGAUGUUUAGGUUCUCACCAGGCAGACCGCAUAUCAGGCCGGGCGAGGACAUUAUGAAUUUGUUUUACCCUUUUGUCCUCCAACCCCGUCUCACAAGUCUCUCGUUGGGCAACAGCGCAAGAUGCAACCACCACACAGAUUCUUCUUCUACCAACCCCUUUUUUCUCUCUAUCGCAUUUUGUAUACACUCUGUUGUAUGUGGAUGUGCCCAUUCCAUUCUCCGGUACUAUUUUUCUUUUCUCUUGAACUAUUCUGGGUGUUCUUCCUAUACCAUUCCCUGAACGCUGUAUACAUCCCCUCGCAGAGACACGGGUUCAUGAUUUUCAUGCUUUGGAGUAGCUUGCAUUUGCAAACAGGACGGGGUUGUUAAAUACGCGCGGGAUUACAGGCUCCAAAAUCGAGGCAAGACUAACCAUAGUUAGUGGCAACGAGAAAUUAGUGAACGAAAGCCCGAGCAGCAGUUCAAUGUGAAUACGCGUUUGUGUUA